AUGGCCCCAGUACCCAAAGAAGGCCGUGUCGAGCAUCUCGAUGCGCGUAUCGGGGAAGACGCCCGCUUCAACAUCCUGGAGUUGGACUCUCAACGCGAAAAACUGGUGCUCACCGAGCGCAGGAUCUGGCGUCAGCAACGCAACGCGGCGAAAGAACGAUUGCUGGAGGUCCUGGAAGAGGGCCAGAUAGUCCAGGGGAUCGUUCGCUCUAUGCGCGGUUUCGGCGCAUUUGUCGACUUGGGCGAUGCUGAAGGUUUGGUUCCGAUAUCGGAGUUGUCCUGGUCGAUGGUCAAGUCUCCGGAAGAAGUGGUAAGCAUCGGCGACGAGUUGACCCUCAAAGUCCUGCGCGUGGAUAAAGAGAACAGCAAGAUUUCCCUCAGCCUCAAGCGGACCCAGCCCGAACCUUGGGAUUCGGUUCCAGAACGCUACCACGUCGGUGACGUAGUUGACGGCACGGUAACGCGGCUGAUGGACUUCGGCGCUUUCGUCAAGCUGGAAGACUGGGUAGAGGGACUGGUUCAUAUCUCUGAACUGUCGGCCCGCCGCAUGGAGCACCCCAAGGAAAUCGUAUACCAGGGUCAAUUGAUAAAGGUGCAAAUCCUUAGCAUCGACACUGAACGGAAACGGAUGAGCCUGAGUUACCGCAAGGUGUACGGUCUCUAG